AUGUCAGAACACCAAGACCCUGCUAUUUCUGCAGAACUUCGGGAUUGGCUAUUUGCCACCAUUGCAGAGUCCAUUCCCAAACCUCUGGCAGCUUAUCAUGAGCAAUCUACUACAGAGGUUCAUCCCUCUACACGCCAACCCUCUGACUCAGAGGAUUCUCACCUUUCAGACCAAGAAAGUGCCCCGCGCAAAAGACCCUGGAAAGGGAAUAGCGCUACUGCAGGCAAAGGCAAAGCUCCUGCGAAAAUCUUCAAACAUUCUCAAACAUUUACUAUGCAGAACCCGUCAGACCCUCUAGAGGGCUCUACUUCCAGACUGGCUGGUCAUAUUUUAAACGACUAUGACACCACCUACUCUGAUGAGGAUCCUACGGUGAAUAUGCCCCAGGAUUCUUCAACAUCAGAGUUUAUUAAGGAAACCUUUCAUGUUCAAGAUGCUAAAGGUGCCCCUCCAACUAAAGAGCCUGCCUCAGACACCCUCCUGGAUGCUUCAGGCCUUCCCCUUUUGGAUACAAGGGUGAUUCGUCACCCACGGUCUGCAGAAUGGACCCCUCCUGAUCACAUUGCCAGUUACUGCAAAAUGUGGCUUCGCAAGCCCCUCGAAAAAGAAUUCAGAAAUAAAUUGAGGGCUGAAUGCCCAAGACCUACUAUUCCUGGCAAAGUUGCCUCUACCCCUGAAUACGACCCCAUGCUGGUCACCUUUUUGACUAAAUCUGGCAAAGACCCACGUAAGGGUAUAGAGCAAGGGUUAAAAGCAGCCCAAGACAAGCUUUUGGACAUUUCAGGUCCCAUAAUCCAGAUUUUUAUCCUGGCAGAUGAGGCACUCACUAGUGGUGAAUUCGAUCCACACACUAUCAGAGAAUGGGCUCAGAGAGCUCUUUGCUUAUUAGGCAAUGCAAACGUGGCAAUUUCAAUAGAAAGACAAAAAGCGGCACUUUAUAAAAUUUACGCUAAAUUAGUAGACUUAAGCUCUAAGGAAUUGGGACCAGACGCAGAUGGUCUUCUGUUUGGUGACAGCUUUAUGCGAGACCUCUCUAAGCAUGUCUCUGUAUUUACAAUGCUUAAUAAAGCCCAGUCCUCACUACGCAGGGUCUUCCGCUCCCAAACUCAUCUUUUUUCCGGGAGAGCUGGUCGCUUCAGGGGCCGAGCUACCAGUAGAGCAGCCUUUGCAGGCUACAGGCCCCGACCCACAGAUCAUUGGUCCUCUGGACCCACAAGACCCUACCACAGACAGCUCUUCAGCUCCAGAGGCUCUAUUCGAGGACGUGGCUCUGCAUCCCUGCGCGGACGCACUGCUUCAGGUAAUGGACCUUACUUAUUUAAAAAAUGUGUCAAUUGCAGGUCGAUUAACCCUUUUUUUCCAACAGUGGAAACUAGGGCGCGAAGGCUGUAGCAGGAGACCAACGGUCUCCUGGGAAAUGGAGUCCCUCACUAGGUAGUUUCCUGACAGGAGGGGAGGAGGGGAGGAAAAAAACCCGGCGGGCAGAUGCUUUGUGCGGCCGAAAACUGCUUACACCUGUAAUUAA